GGCCAUAGUAGGAUAUGUAAACUCGCCAGUGGGAUUCACACACACCUCCCGUCUCCCAUGUUUACGUCAAAUCCUUCCCAGCAGCGGAUGUUAUUGGAAAAGUGGGGCUACAAACGUGAACAUAUGAGCUGGAAAGCACUGAAAAGUUGUCAGGCCUAAUCUUUUCAUAAACACGGUGGACCCAGAAGGUAGGACGAUGCACUUCACCAUUCAGGCACAUAUAUCAUGAGGAUUAUGCAUUAUACACUACCAUUCAAAACAUUGAGAAACGCUGCUUGAACGUCAGCGCAGUGUGAGGAGAGCUUCCUUCUCUGGCCUCCUUCCAGGGAACCAACAUGUCCAGUGACCCUCCUCCUCCUUACCCAGGGGGCCCCAGUGCCCCGCUUCUCAUGGAGAAAAAUGGGCAGCCUCCAGUUCCUGCAGCCAGUGCUCCAGUAACAACAGGACCUCCACAAGGGCAGCCACUGCCUCCAGAAUAUGGACCUCCGCCUUAUGAAGCUACACAAUCAGGCUUUAUUCCUCCACACGUCCCAGGAGAAGGUCCCAUGCCUAAGCCUGUGCACAUGCCGAUGCCCAUGCCUCAUCCUCACGGUGGUUACUAUGCUCCGCCUGGACACUUUCCUCAUCCGAUAGCCGAGCACUAUGGUCCGGGGCCCAGUCACUUUGCUCCAGGUCACACAGCCACAGUCCUCGCCCCUCCUGGUGCCACCACUACCACAGUGACGGUUCUACAGGGGGAGAUGUUCCAGACGGAUCCAGUGCAGACGGUUUGUCCACACUGCCAACAGCCCAUCAGCACCCACAUCAGCCACGACAUCGGCCUCAUGAACACUCUCUUCUGUAUGUUCUGCUUCUUUGUCGGGUGUGAUCUAGGUUGCUGCUUGAUCCCCUGUUUUAUUGACGAACUCAAGGAUGUGACACACACUUGCCCGAACUGCAAGGGCUAUAUUUACACAUACAAGCGCAUAUGCUAACACUUUAUCCCAUCAACGAUCUUGCUGUGACCUCGUUCUGGUGGGUGUUGAUGACUCGCUUUUUCGUGUUCAUUUUGCCCAAGCUGACAGCUCAUCUUUCCAGCCACUUCUCACUUCAUCUAACUAUUGAUUCUCACUCAUUUUGACAUAGUUACUGAUGCCUGUAAAAUUAAGCAGCGGUCAUUGAAGGAUCGGUAGAUUUUAUAUGCAUAAUGGUCAGGGUUACAUUGUGUCAUCCAAGUACUGUUUUAUUUUUAUUUUAGCAGUAGAGCAAAGUAUACAUUUAGAAAAUAUGUGAAAAUAUUAACCUCGCAAAGCUCAUUUGUGAAUAUUAUAGAGUAGCGAAACUAAACGAAGUUCACUUCAGGGUCAGUGUUGUUGGAUUGCAGGAUUAUUAUUGUAUGCAUUAUUGUUUUAUUUUAACCUAUUAAAAUGAAAGUCUUUGAUGGCUGGGACUUUUGAGGUCCUUGAGUAACAUUGUUGCUUUUACAUGUGAAAAUGUCACAGUAUUUGGCAUUUUAUGCAAAUGUCAUGGGAUUUUUUUUUUCUCUUUCACUUUUGUUUUGGAUUUGUCGAUAAGGCUCAUUUCAAGUCGAUUUGAUAAAUGUGUAUCAAUGUAACAGGCACUGUGUCGUCGUAGAGGAAUUAUUUCUAUUGGAAAAGGGAUCUGUAUGUCCAUCUCAAUCUACUUUUAGUACUUUAGAGAUGUCAUGCUAGGAACAAUUCAACCAAAACACACUUAAUUAUUUUGAACUGUGAAUGAAAAUUAUAGCCAUGGUGCUUUUCAAACCACUUUACUAGCAGUUCUGUGUUGUCAGUAGGCUGUUUGAGACUUCUGUAAACUAUCAUCUGCUAUUCAGGUCAGUUUAUUAAUCAUUAUUACGGUAGAUAGAUCUGUGUUUGCUGAUACUAAGGUUGGGGUAGAAACAUCUAGAAUAACAGACAAGCAUCGAUGGACAGUUAUUCUGCUGCAGAACAUAUUUAGAAGUGGUUGUUGCAUAUUUUGUCAUUUCUACUUGCCAUUGUGAAGUCGUAGUCCUCCACAUUUCUGGUUAAAGCUGUUCAAAGCUGCUUUGCUGUUUGAGUUCACCGGCAUGAUGAAGGACGCUGCAUGAAAUCACUGUAAUAUUGCAUAGCUCUCUAUUGGGCCAUAUGUUCCCUCACUGUGUCACCCUGUGCUGGUUGCUGCACUGGGCUGCAUAAUUCAAAGCAGAUUAACCCUUUGCUUAUUAAUACUUUGGGCAACAUGGGAUGGUUGUCCUGCAUUUCCUUUGUUUUUUUUUUUUUUUUUUUUUUUUUUUGUUUGUGGUCAGAUUGUGAUUUAUAUAUAUAAAUAAUUAGUUGUCUGUCCUGGCUUCGAAACUGUAAAUUUUCUGUUCGUCUUGUUCUGUCCAUAAAUGUGAUUUACUGCUGAAAUGGUACGAAAUUUAAAAGUUACAACAUCAGCAGUGCUCAGACUAUAUAUGUAUAUAACCUCAGUUUUUUUUUUUUUCAUCUUUUUCUUAAAACUACACUAAGUAACAUUUGGGUCUGUAGCGGUUUAAAAAAAAAAAAUUAAUAAAAAAAACCCUGCAUGUGUCUUGCGGAAGAACAUUGUUUUGGUUGUGCUGAUGUGCUUCGGCUCCGGUCCUCUAAAGCGGAUGAAUGUAGUUCGACGGACCGCUGUAUCGUUGUGCGUGGUUUCUUUGAUUUUACAAUCGCGAUAUACUAUUUUGAAUGAUCUAUGGUAAAUUUUUAUCAUUAGUUGUGACAGCAAACUUUAAGCUUCGCUCUUUUCCCACAACAAGAGAUUUCUCGGCUUAUGGAUAUAUGCUGAUAAAUAAUGUAAUGCACGGAAGAAUGUCGUAGUAGCCUAUGCAAUUUCCCGCGAAAUCCAUCCUAACUGAAUAUUAUAGGAUAACUAAAUUUGGGCGAAUUAAGUAAGUAUUUACACAAAAAGUUCCAUAGUGUAGUUUUAAAUGAGGAUUUAGAUAAUAAAUAUGUUUCUCUGGUAGACAAUCUGCCAACAUUAUAGCUGAUUAACAAUCAGACUUUCCAUCUUUCCAUUGUACUAUUUAACACAAAACAUAACAGUCGCUCUGUGAAUUCACAAAAGCCUUAUUGUAUGAUCUUUUUAAUCAGAAACAAACACUGAAUUAUAUGCAGGUAUUACAAACUGCCACAUUAAAUUAUGAAUAUGAUUUCAAAGUAUUCAGCAGUUAAAAUUACAAUGUACUAUUGUCUGACUGAAAAAAAAAGAAUGACCUCAUCCCAUCCAGCUUAAUUCCAUCCUAUCAACCAUGACCUGUAAUAACAUCAAGACACCUCGCCGUCAUCUGCAAAAACGACAUGUCUGUUUGAUUAUUGGAAGAUAAUCUCCAGUAAAUAUGUAUGCAUGACCAUGGGGUUUACUUGCACAGCCCAGUCUGGCUCCCUUUAAUAUGCUCUUGACUAUGUAGGUCUACUUGCUUUGUGAAGUGACUUGAUGCUGUUGCAGACAAUAGAUGUGUCAAGCUUGUGUUGCCGGAAUGCUGCUGUAGAUAGAUGCCUUGAGAAUAGUAUAUGGCACUACAGCAGAUGCCAUGCUCAACUCAAGUCUCAAAUGUGUAUGUAAAACAAAACUUAUGGACUGACUGAACAAAUAAAAAGACAAACCGUA